UUUUAGUUAGGUCCACGGUUUUAUUUAACGAAGCGCCAUCUAUCACGAAUUUUCACGACAUCUCGAGCCAAUUCCAAGCAGGGGACUUCCUGAAGCUUCAAAAAUGUCGGGUAUCGACAAAGUGCUAGCACUGAUUGUACAGAACAAAAUUGCAGCUAUACGCUUUGAGCUGGUUGACAUCCAUGGCAUUGGGCACAGCAGGCUAAUCACAUCGAGGCACUUCAAAGACAAAGCUGUUCAUGGCUCCAGUUUUGAUCUCCUGGCCCUGAUCUUAGAUCCCAAAGGGAACAAGUUCGCUGAUAGUGGCAUAUGCACCGACGAUGUUGAUGCCAUUGCUUAUCCAGUCUACGAGACAUUCCAGAACUUGGUUUGGUGUCAGAGUACUGCCAGGAUCCUUGUAGAACCUACCAUCAAAGGAGAAUACAUUCCGCAGUAUCCAAGAAACAAUGCAAGAAGGCUGCUGGACCGACUGGGAGAACAAGGGGUGUCUCUCUUCUCUUCAUUUGUUCAUGAGUUCUAUCUAGUGGAUGAGAAGACGGGGGAGCCAGCAGAGAAGAGCAACAACUAUGGAGCCACAAGUAGACUUUGUAAGCUUGAGUCAUUCAUCAAUCUUUUACUGGCAUGUUUGCCAAGAGUUGGAGUUGAUGUAGAGAGUGUUGAAACAUUAAAUGCUCCUGGCCAAAUCAGAGUCACCUACAAGUCGGCCUUUGGUGUUGGUUCAGCAGACAACGCCUAUACUUUUAAGUCCACCGUGAAGGAAUUAGCCAGCAGGAAUGGCUUUGUGGCAACCUUCAUGACAAAGCCGUGGCCAGAACACAGAGGCAGCACUUCAUACUUGUGUCACUCACUCUGGAGUCUGCAAGAACAUAAAUGCAUCGUCUUUGACUCAACAGGAGAAAAUGGUUUGUCAAGCAAGUGUCAGAAAUGGAUCGCCGGCAUCCUAUCCCAUUCCCAGGCUAUAACAGCGCUAAUGGCUCCAACGGUCAACUGCUAUAGUCGCUUCGAGACAGCGCCUACAUCCCUUGCCCCAAAUAAUUGUUCCUGGGGAAUCAGUAACCGCACAUGUGCUAUUCGUGUGAAGAUAGAUGGUUCAAAGCGAACCAUCAUUGAAAAUCGUAUACCCUCUAGUGCAAGUAACCCUUAUGUGGUACUGGCAGCAACGGUGGCAGCUGGUCUAGAUGGUCUUCAGACUGACAUGCCUCUUAGAGCACCUACAGAAGGGAGUGCCUAUGAUCAAGGAUAUGACCUGCCAGAGCUUCCCCUAUCUUUAGAGCAAGCUAUGGAGGUCUUAGAGACAGAUGAAGUGAUUGUUGAUGCACUGGGUAGAGACUUCAUUAAAUAUUUCCUUGCUGCAAAGAGGCAUGAAUGCAGUGAGGCACUUCGGGCCAAGAAAGUUGCAACAGUUGAUUGUGAAACCUGGGAGCAUAACAUGUAUUUUGACACUAUCUAAAUUUGCUUUUAUUCAUGUUAAAACUCAUGUUAUGGUAUUUUCACUAUUUUGAAGAUGAAAUUGAUAUUGAAAAGAUGUAUUCUCACGGAAAUUGAUAAAAAAUAAAAUAUUGAUAAUGGAUAAUUUUUUCAUGAUAUUCUUCCUUAAUAUCAUGGAAUAAAUUUCAAAUAUCACAAUGAUAACUUCAAUCUUUCCCAUACUUUUUGUUUUUCUUUUGUCUCAAAUUCCAAGUCCAUACUGUAAAUUUUGAAUUUAUUUGCUUAGGUACGAUAGAUUAUUGAUUGAGGUACCAUUGGUUACUUUUAGUUUUCCCUGCACUGUGUUGAUACACAUUGUUUACUCCAGAUAUUGUAGAAUCUUUUUAUUCUUUUGCUAUGACAAUUCAUCAUGACCCACAGGUCAGGGGAAGAUAUGCAGGUGUAUAUGUAUUUGUUCAGUUUACCCAACUCAAAUCUUGGUUAUCAUGAUUUUAUGUAUUUUCAUUUUUUGUAUCCAGAACAAAUUUGGUUUCUUCUGGUUAUUUCAGUAAAAAACAGCAACAACAACAAAAACAUCCACCAAGAUGAUUUGAAGACAUGCAAGUAAGAAUUUGCAGUUCCUGGCAGCAAGUCAUUCACAUGUUGGCUAUGUUCAUGGCCAUGACAUGAAGGAAUCCAAUAUUUUAAUUUUACUCAUUAUUGAACAAUACAGUAUUGUGACUAACGAUUUUCUCAAGAUUCAGGCAGCCAAUGUGGAUGGAAAUCUUGUUUAAAACUAUGCUAUGCUAUGAGUUUAUUCUACAACGAUGAGUUAUGGUUUACGCUGGAAUUACAAGCUGCAGGGGGUCUGUGAUCUCAGUUUCCUGUCAUGAGGACACAAAUUGAAUACAAUCAUGUGGGCUAGCUUGGUUCUGUACUGUACAUGUAGAACCCUCUGGUAUUUCAAAAUGUUGUUUGUGCAGAAUGCAAUAGACCAGUUCGUAAUUACUUCAUGUGCAAUUUUGGUCAAAUGACCUUUCAUUUC